AUGGGACGGCGCGAUGAGGAAACGAAGUGCGCCCGCUGGGAGAGGCAAAUGCGCUACGACUUCCCUUGGAUUCUGAUGUUCGGUUUUUUGGCCAUCGAGCUCGUGGUUCUCGAGUACUAUCACCUCUUGGAUGACCUCCAGGAUCAAGUGGCAUCCUACGCCUUCACGGGACUCACAAUCUUGGCUUUUGUGCUGAUGUGCUUCGUGGUGGCUUACAUUCGCCUGGCUCACCUCUUCGAUGCUGUGACCCAGUGGGCAAGAGAGAAAUUGGAGCAUAUUGAGGAAUUGGCCAGUGACGUCCAGCAGGCUUGCUCCAAUAGCUGCCGCCGACCCGUGGCGUUGGAUUAUUGGGGCUGCGCGGGGUGCUGCAAGGAUCCUGAAUUGGCUGAGCCUGGUGUGCCUUCUCGCGAAUACAGAGGCAAGCGAUCUCUGGAACCGUGA